CCAAAAAUGUAAAAUUAUUUUUUUGGAAGAAAGACAGACCGUUCAGCAAAUACUGUGUAGAUUGAGACCAAAAAGCAAGCAUUUCCAUGGAAGCUGCUACUUUCUGUUCCAUUCUCUACACCCUUCGAUUCUCAAGCAAUACAGUUGCUUCCAAUACUAACAGACUCUACAAUGAAACAUACCCACAUAGAAACAGCACUAGUAUCUGUUUGUUUCCUUCGUUUUCCUCUGCUUUCCUUAGAAACUGUAAUUUUCCAGGAAAAUCUUUGCGGGUCAGUGGGUUUAGUGUUCUCAGCUCCCCCUCCAAUCCCCACGACCAAAACCCAUCUCCAGAACUCGCUGUUCUUCUCGAAGUUGAUGGGGUCCUUAUGGAUGCAUAUCGAUUGGGAAAUCGCCAAGCUUUCAAUCUAGCAUUUCAAAAGCUCGGGCUUGAUUGUGCAAAUUGGACAGAACCAGUCUAUUUAGAUCUUUUAAGGAAAAGUUCUGGUGAUGAGGAAAGGAUGUUGAUUUUUUAUUUUAACCGUAUUGGUUGGCCUACUUCAUUGCCCACAAGUGAGAAAGGAGCAUUUGUGAAAAGUGUCUUGCGGGAAAAGAAAAAUGCUUUGGAAGAACUUAUGUCAACAAGUUUACCUUUGCGACCUGGAGCUGUAGAUUUUAUUGAUGAUGCAUACAACAAAGGAAUAACUGUUGUCAUCUUGACAUCCUACAGUAAAAGUGGGGAUAAGGUUGCUCGAUCUAUUGUUGAAAAGUUUGGCCAUGAGAGACUUUCUAAAGUAAAGAUCAUUGGAAAUGAGGAAGUAGAAAGAAGUUUUUAUGGUCAACUUGUGCUUGGCAAAGCAAUGUCAUCUGAUCUGGAUGAGCAACUAGCUAAGGAAGCAAGAGAAGCCGCUUCUGCUGAGAAACAAAAGAUAGCAAAGGAGGUUGCAUCCAUGCUAAAGUUGAGUGUAGACCUUGACACGACCUCCGCUGAAAGCUUGCAAAAGAUUGUUGCUACCCUGCGUGCUGGAGCAGAAUUUGCUGGGGUACCUGUCUACAAUUGUGUACUUAUUGCAGGAAGCAGAUCCGGAGUCUCUGGAGCUGAGCAAAUAGGCAUGCCGUGUGUUGUACUGAGAAGCAGCUUCACGUCAAGAGGCGAGUUCCCUUCAGCAAAUGCAGUAAUGGAUGGCUUCGGAGGAGCAGAUCUAACAAUUUCCAAACUACUGAAAAGACGAUGGUCAUGAUGUUUUUCUUGUUUCCUUUGUUUAAUAUAUGUCAAAAUUAGAGCAUUCAAUCACACUUAAACUUGUCCUAACAAUUCUAUUUAUGACUUCCUUUGUUUGAGGCCAAUUUUUUCAGGAUAGUUUUAUCCCGAAAAGGUAUAUUAACAAAGUAACUUUUUCGAGAUGAUUUUGUCUAUAACCCUUUUUUAAGUUGUCAACUGAGUCCCACAGUUAUCAGUUUUCCCAUAGUUAGUGGACCUCCUAAACAAUCUUUUUUGAUCUUUUUCCAAUAAAUAUUUUCUAGGUUU